UUUGAUAUUUCAAUCGACCUAGCUCUUCGACGGCUCCAGUCGAACGGGUUGUGAGGACUACAAAUCUUGGUCCGAUUCAAGUCCGCAGAUAAUGAACAAUCGGAGUAGCGACAGACUGAGUGACGCGAUCGAUUGGGGAUGAAGACGAGGGCGAAGAAAGUGAAGACCACCGCCGACGCUGAGACCGCCAUGAAGUCCAAAAGGGAACCCUCCAAGAAGUCGAAAUCAAAGCCGAAACCUUCCUCCUCCGCAAAGCACCAACACCGCCACAAGCCGAAGAAGCCCCCCACAGCAUUCUUCUUCUUUCUGGAAGAUUUUCGGAAGACCUACCAGCAAGAAAACCCAGCUGUCAAAGCAAUGCGGGAUAUUGGCAAGGCCUGUGGGGAGAAAUGGAAAACAAUGUCAUUUGAGGAAAAGGUUUCUUACUAUGACAAAGCUACUGAAAAGAGAGCUGAAUUUGAAAAGGCCAUGGCUGCAUAUAUCAAGCGAGAAGAAAGUGGAGAGUUCUCUGAUGAAUCUGAUGACUUUGAGUGAUUGGUAAGGAUGUUGGAUAUGUAUUGCUGCUUGUAAAUUAUAUUAGUUUAUUUAGGAUCAGAGAUCACCUUUAUCUUCUUUCAUUAGGCCAUUUCCAAGAUCGUCUCCAGACGGACUUUAAUGCAACGUCAUUAAUCCAUUAUAUAUGGAACGUAAGAACUUGUUAUUUCUAAACUUUAAACAAAGUCAAACAUUGGAUCUAAACAGAAUAUUGAAAUAGUCAAAAUAAUCCAACUAA